AUGUCGUACGAUCUAACUCCCAUUUAUGCUUUCUAUAGUCUAUUCCCAAAGUUUAAUACCCAUUUUGUGCAUUACUGCACGCUUGUUCAAACUAUGUAUGGCCGACGUCGAGCCGCAGCUUUGCCCCAUGUCUCCAGACGUCAGGGUGAUGCUGUAACAACAGAUACUGUUCAACACGUUGACUGUGCAGAAGCCACUAUUGAUACACUACAUUCUCGUCUACUGAGUCGAUCGAGGCCUGUGGGAGCGUCUUUCAUUUCUUCAUCAUCAUCCAGUAAUUCGUCACGUUCACCACCUCCACUAACAAGACGAACACGUCAGGUUCGUAGAAUAGACCGUACUCAUCAUUUGUCUCAGCGUUCUACUGCUAAUCCAAGAUCACGUAGUCGUGGUUUAUCAGAUAACCUAGAACCAAACAAUCCAAAUGUUUCAGCUUCUCGUCGAAGUCGUCGACGUAAUUUCGUUCGUCCUCCAUUUCUUCAGCUUUUGUUUUCCUCCCAUGGAAGUCCUUCAUAUCAAAAUGAGUCGACCACUGAAAGUGUUAGAAUAAACCUGGAGAGUUUUAACGAUGAUAGUAUUCAAUUAACUCGCACUGAAGACCUUGAUUCCAGUAACAGACCUGGACGUUUACGUACCACAAGGUCUGGAAGAAGAGCCACACGUCGCCUAUCAGCAACAAACACGCGUUCCGUACCUUCUACGAAUAUUCCAUCUACUAACCAUCCAUCACGUGCAAACAAUAGUAGGCGCUCUCAAAGUCUUAUUGAUUGCCCAGACGUUCGGGCGGCUCUGACAGCAGCUAGAUCCACUGGUCUUGAAAGUGAUGACGAUUGUGUAAUCUGUUUAUGUGAAAAAUCAAAUCGUUGUGUUGUUUUACCUUGUAUGCAUACAUUUUGUUAUGAUUGUAUUUAUCGUUGGCUCAGUAUCAAUCCUUCUUGUCCAUUAUGUAAACGUUUGGCUCAAAAAAUCAUUCAUUCUGUUCUGUCCGAUACGGAAUUCACUGAAUUAUUAGUAUCUGAUCUACCAAAUAAUAACCGACGUAAUCGAGUAAAUAAUUUAUCCACUACAUUUCGCUUGGAUGAUGAAUAUUUAAAUGCAUCGCCAGAUGACACCACUAUUCCGCGAUCACACCAUCAUUAUCACUAUCAUCAUCAUUUAGGUACACAUCAAGUGCGUUUACUUAAUUAUCUCGAUGGAGUGACUCGUUCAUCAUCAGAUAGCACUUCGUUAUACAUACCUCCCAUUCUUUUUCCAUCUGAUACCUCUAUAUCUCAACCAAGAGCCGUUGGGAUUCUUGAUACUUCUUCACACAUGUCAUACAGAUGGAAUCCAGAACUAGGGUCAGCAGAAAAUCGUCGGUCACUUCUAACCAUUUUGGUUGAUAAUGCUCUUCGAUCCAGCACUUCUUCGCUUUUGAAUAGUUUACUACUUCGACAGUUAGUAUACAUUUUCUGUCUUGAUUCCAUCCCUGUCCUACAAGAGUCUGAUCUCACACGAAAUAUCAGUCCAGAAUUUCUAGCAGCAAACGAAACUCAUAGACACAGGCUCGCAUCAUUCGUCCGUCGUGAAUUACGUGUUAUCGCUCCAUGGCUUGCUUAUGACAUUUCUUAUGGUUCGCAAGGAAGUCGUGAAAAUUCGGAGGAUAUCGGGUAUUAUAAUGCCGCUGUAACAUCUCCUCUUAUAUCUGGUCCUCCUGGCUUAGAGGUGGAAACAAGGGAACUCGACAAUUUAACCAAUAUAGUCUUGCAACACAUAUGUACAGUCCCAAUAACAAAUGAACAGUCACUUGUUGAUCUUUUGGUAACUCAACCAGCUCUUCAUCCAUCACUAGUACCCCGUGUGUACCUUCACCAUCUAGCCUCAGAGAUUUCGCAAUUCGCUCAGUUCACCGGAAGCAUGGAAGAAUACGAUUCCUCGGUUUGUCUGUAUCGGCGCAGAGUUGCUUUGGGCGGAUUAAUCUCGUCAUCAACUGAAAGACACAGGGAUAGACAGUUUCAAGGACUUUCUCAUGACCCUCGUUUGGCUGUUUAUAUUGCUUCCGCCUGUUGGCCUCGACUCCGUCCGGGUUUCGCCCAACCUGAAGGACUCAUCAUCCAUCCUCUAAUCAAUUGGCUACUCCAAAGACUGUUCGUUCAUGCUGUCUCUGGCGCUUCUCAUCCUGAUCCUUUACCUGGUACAGGAGAUCCUCCGCCUAGCCUACCUAGUCCAUUAGUAUUUCAUGGUCCUUCACUAACUUGUCAUCCUAACUGUCUUCGUUUAGGAAGUUCUUGUCAUGCUCUUCUUGAAGCGAUCAUAUCUUUCUCCAGAUUAAGAGGUCAAACGUCAGGGAGGACUAUUAAUUUGAGUCAUGAUGGAUCAGUAAGUACCUCAGAAAUUUUCCCAAACCGUCUCUUAUAUCAACGCGUUUUAAGUGAACUGAUAGAUCAAGCACGGUUCAGUGAAGCUCUUAGUGGUCAAUUCAGUCAAUGUAAUGAUCGUACCCGACUGACGUGCCUUACACCACAAAAUGCAGAAGAAAAUUCUGUAAGUUCAGUUCCAAAUCAACGCACUAGUAGUAGAGUAUCUAUCCGAAAUGUUAUUAGCGUAAGAGAGCCUGCUGAUUACUUACAACCAGCUAUUCAGUCCCACCCACUUGCACUAAGACGUCUAGACGGUCUUUUACUUCUUUUCACUGCACGCGUGCCUGGUUUAAGAAAUGAUCCAGAACACCUGAUCAGUGAACUAUUACAUAUGCCACUUAUGCCGAUGACCCUAACUCCAUUAGCCGUUAUUGAUCUCACCAGCCCGAGGUCAGUAGUUAAUAGAUCACAAACAUUUUCCAUGCAGUCAGAAGGCCGAGGACAGUCGUUAGAAAACUUGGACACGAUAAGAGCACCAUAUGCAUCAAGGUUCUCAGGAAUUGAUUGGACAUUUCUAAGACAGCCUUCACACUCUUUGUGUCCUCAAACUGAUCGUUCUGCUAAUUCAGCUACUAGUACUAAUGGAAUUACUAACGAUGUUAAUUCUGGUGAUUGGAGCUCGGCUGCAUCGAAUCAGCAAACAACGUCUAGUGACAUUUGUCCUUUUAGAGGUAGUCGGAUUUUCCCCUUGGUAUCUUCAGUUGGAUCAAUUGCAUCAGCUGAUGAGUCUCCAUCAGUGCACAAUUCACCUGGUGGUUGGCGUGACACGGCUCCAUAUGUCGUCAUAUCAUCGGACUCCUCUGAUGAAGAAACAAUAGGUCAUAAUGAACCGUGUGUAGCUCCUGCUCAAUCCAAUGUAUUGACCUCUGACGAUUCAGAACCAGGUCAUGAGUCUUCCCCAGAUAGUCGAACAAACGGAUGUGAAUCCACUGCAUCUCUUGGUUCGUUGUUUAAGACAUUUUCAAAUAUGCCUUUACAAAAUGACUUUCCAACUGUAAACGAAUCUGUUCAACACUCAAUCCAAGAAACAGACAAGAAUAAAGCUUUUCAUUCAAGCACUGCACGAAAUUAUUCAGAUAUUGACAACAUGCACAGUGUAACUACUAAAUUGUCCCUUAGUUCAUCAGUAUUGUCUUCCACCAACACAAAUACCAACUGGAGUGAUAGUUUCACUGAACGGUAUUCAUCCAUACCCCGUCGUGAAGAGCCUAUGGAAAUAGACGAACGACCUGAUGAGAUUUCGUAUUCGACAAUCCCAUCAUCCAGUGUUUGUGGUUCAUGUUUAGCUGAUUUGCCUAAGAGGACCACAAAUCUUGUAUCUGAAAAUAAGUAUAGUGUAAAAUCCGAUUGCUCAAAAAACACUGAAGCUAAUACUGUGGGAAACAGGUUAAACAUUUUUUCCCCUAGAAAUUCUCUUAAAUACUAUUAUCACUCUCAAACAAAGCACGAAGCACAUUAUCGUCAUCGCAGGCGAAAGUUAAAUAUCAGUCAUUUGGAGAACACAGAUAGUGAUUGUGAACUUAUUAGAGAAUCGAUUAAAAUAGAUAGUGAUUCAUCGUGUUCGACUUCUAGAUCGGUCUUCUCAUCAAGGUCGUCAUCCUCUUCAAGUGAAUUGCAGCAAACUUCAAAAUUCAACUCAGCAGCAAUGCGCUUGCGUAAUUCUUCACGUCAACGUAAAACUGUCCAUCGUAAAAAUUAUCACUGUCACCGUAGUCGGUGUGACCGCUAUCAUCGUAAGUGUCGUCACAAGCAUUCAUGCUGCUGUUAUUGUCACUCAAGACGUCAUCAUAAGUUAUCGAUUCAUAAAUAUCAUCAGAGUCCUGAGAAACUAGUCAACUUAAACAACCCAUCUUCCCCAGUCGUAAUUUCAGACGGCGACGAUGCUGAUGAAUCUCAUAAAACUGCUCCUGAAACAAGUAAUUCUCCUAAUCUCAAUCAGCAUCCAGGUCUACAAACUGAGGAGACUUCGCAAGAUGUUUUAUAUGACCGUCUUGCUAAUGAAAAUUCGCUUUCACUCCCAACCACUCCAAACCACAACAGUAUGUUUUGCCUUCCUCAAAACGACUCUGUUUCUGCUGAUCGAUCUGACAAUGCUCCGUGUAGCUCAAAAACACAUACUUCAUCUGUUAACGAUUUGAAUCAUUCAACAAACUUCCCUAUUUAUGAACCUCCUACAGCCACCGAGUUUUAUCGCUUACUCGCUAAAUUUGAAAGUCAAGAUGAUGACGGCAAAAAUCUUAACCCAGUUGUAUGUGAAUCAACGCCUACAGCAUUAUUAUUGUCUAAUAAAUGGAGCCAAACAGAUAUAGUGAAGCUAUAA